ACCCUCCCCCGGCGCUCGGCUCCGCCGCCCCGCGCCGCGCCCUCACAGCGCGGCAGCCGCGGCGUUCGAGGCAUGGCGGGGCCGGGGCCGCGCCCGGCCGGGCUCUGCGCGGGGCCCCGGCGCUCCGGCCCCGGCGGCCUGAGGCGGCCCCGCUGCCCCCGGGCGUGAGAGGCGGCGAAAGGCUGCGGGAGCGCCGGACCCACCAUGCGGGAGCUGGCGAUCGAGAUCGGCAUACGGGCGCUGCUCUUCGGGGUCUUCGUUUUUACGGAAUUUUUGGAUCCAUUCCAGCGAGUGAUCCAGCCAGAGGAGAUCUGGCUGUACAAAAAUCCCUUGGUGCAAUCAGACAACAUCCCCACACGGCUCAUGUUUGCAAUUUCGUUCCUCACGCCACUUGCAGUCAUUUUUGUGGUGAAAAUAAUCCGUCGAACAGACAAGACUGAAAUUAAAGAGGCUUUCUUAGCUGUUUCCUUGGCUCUAGCCCUGAACGGUGUCUGCACAAAUACUAUUAAAUUAAUAGUGGGAAGACCGCGUCCCGAUUUCUUUUACCGCUGCUUUCCAGAUGGAGUAAUGAACUCUGAAAUGCACUGCACAGGUGAUCCAGACCUGGUCUCUGAAGGCAGAAAAAGCUUUCCAAGCAUCCACUCUUCCUUUGCAUUUUCAGGCCUUGGCUUCACCACCUUCUACCUGGCUGGAAAGCUGCACUGCUUCACGGAGAGCGGCCGAGGGAAGAGCUGGAGGCUCUGUGCAGCAAUCCUGCCCCUCUACUGUGCCAUGAUGAUCGCCCUGUCACGGAUGUGUGACUACAAACACCACUGGCAAGAUGCUUUCGUUGGAGGGGUCAUUGGCCUCAUUUUUGCUUAUAUUUGCUACAGACAGCACUACCCUCCUUUGGGCAAUACAGCCUGUCACAAAUCUUAUGUUAGCCUGCUGGAUCAGAACUCAGUGAAGAAAGAAGAGAGACCCACAGCAGACAAUGCUACUGGGCUGCCUCUGGAGGGAAUAACUGAAGGUAUCCUGUGAAAAAUGCAGGCAAAAUAUUCCAGACCACAGCCUGGCAGUUGAACAUUUCUUGGAGCAAUCAAGAUGAUGUUGAUCAACGACCACAAUUACGGUGCUUCAGACUGGAGGAGACUGCUGCCAUGAUUAUAAUUUCUGUGUUCCUGUUGGAAUAUGCAUCAGCCUCGUAGACAUUUUGUGAUUCAAACAGCUCAGUGUCUUUAUGUAAGGCUUGUCAUUUACUUUCCUCAAAGCUAAGCUUUGUAGAUUUUAUUUUUUUUUAAAGAGCUGCUUCCUGAUUGGCAACACUUGAAUUUUUAUAAAAAGCAAGUAAAUUAGGGUCCCCUUAAAAAUAAAGCUAAUAACUGUGUACAAGAGGAUGCAACCUUGCUGUGUAUAAAUUUAUGGAAUAUUUGGAAAAGGCUAUAAAUAGGAAGUGACAUUAAGGAACAGAAGGUAACAGGAGUGAACCCGGGAGGUUCUGUAGAAAUCAGGCCUUGCAAAGCUGGUGCAGUUUAACUGAGCCAGAGGGAGGAUGUUUCACUUACAGAAUUCUGAGCUCUACCCGAGCUCUACCCCAGAGACAGUUGAAUUAGCUGUGGUUUUCCUGGUGAAUAUACAGUAAUUCACAAUACCAGCAUCAGCAAAGCAAAACUACUUGGCAUUUACGCUGGAUUUGAAAGAGCACUCCUCUGGUGUGGUUGAGAUCUUAUUCUAGAAAUCCACAGAGUUCAAUGGAGGUUUAAUCUUCCUACAAAGUUUUAAACCAUCCUACAGAAUUCUGUAACAAAUAUAGUUUUCUAUUACUUCAUGUGGGAGGAUUACUGAGAGCCUCAGAGCCAGGGUAAGACUUAGCUUUUCUUUCAGCAGGAACCCUAGUCUUCCAGGUUAUAUGCAAAUGUUAAAAAAAGAAUAAAUCUUCAAUCAAAAUUAGAAGUUUAAUACUGAUGCAUAGAGCAUUUUGCAUGUUUUUAUAUAGAUCUGGCUUAUUCUCAAAAUGGAGUGGGGCCUUUUAAUAGUGCUGUACACAUUCUCAGUAUUUGAAUGGCUUUGGAUACAGGCAGGCUGUCUUUGGGAUGAGGAAAAGCUCUUCCAGCCCUCAAGUGAGUAGUGGCUGCUAAAGGAUUGGAACAUGAGCUGUAAUACAGCACAAAAACUGAAAUUGCAGGAGUAAUUGGUGACCUCAGAAAAGCAGUAAAGAAUAACACAUUUUAAUGGGAAUAAUUAAAUGGAGAGUCAUAAAGGAGACAAUGUAAAAGGUCUGAUUAAAGUGUAAUUAAAAUUAUGAAAGACUUAAUGGAAUGAAACUUGUGGAGGGAUCUGCAGGUGCCGCAAUCAGCAGUGCAAAGUCAGCGUAGGGAAGGCAUUUUUGUGGAUCAAUGUAUUUUAAUCUCAUGCUUUCUCAAUGUGAAGGAAAUGUAAUGUUGUAAUGCACCAAUAAAACAACACAUGAAUGUGGGUUUGUA